AAAUAUUUCCAUAAGAUAUGUUAUCUAAUGACCUGAUGUUUAUUUAUUGAAUACUGAGAUGAUAAGACAUAUUAUAUUAUAUUAUAAGAAGUUAUGGCAUCUCUGUGAAUGAUACGGUCUGUUUUAAUUGUUAGUAAGUCGGAUGCAAUUGGCUCGUAUUAACUUAUUUGUCUUUAUUUUAAAUUACAUAAUAUAACGAUGGUUGUUUUAAAUGUCCGCGGUCUCGUGCCUCCAGUGUUUACUCCAUUCAAUGAAGAUCUUACAGUCAACUAUGCAGCUAUUCAUCCCUACGCCGAAUGGCUGGCAGCUAAUGGCAUCAAGGCCGUUUUAGUUGGUGGAACCACUGGUGAGCACAUGACACUGCCUGUCUCUGUAAGGAAGAAGAUUAUCGACGAAUGGCUGAAGGCAGGCAAGAAGACAGGGCAGCACAUUAUGGUCCAGGUGGGAGGCGCUCCCAUGGCUGAUGUUCAGGAGUUGGCGAAAUACUGCUCCCGAAUUGGCGUGGACUCAAUCCUAACUCUACCCGAGUUAUACUUCAAACCGAAAACCGUAGCAGAGUUGGUGGAUUACAUAGCUGAGGUUGCCAAAUGUGCGCCAAACCUGCCUGUACUGUACUACCAUAUCCCAAAAAUGACUCUUGUGGAAAUUAGCAUGCCAGCAUUCGUAAGAGCAGCUACAGCAAAGGUUCCCAACUUUAGGGGGCUCAAAUUCACGUCGAACGAUUUGAGUGAAGGCGCUCAAGUAUUGAGAAGCUUGGCGGAAGGACAGGAAAUGUUCUUAGGGGCUGAAACCUUACUAGCGCCAGCGGCUCUCCUAGGCAUAAAGUCAAGCAUCGGAACCUCCUACAAUAUAUUCCCACAAUUGUCUCUAAGUAUUUUGGAAGCUGUUGAAAAGGGAGAUUUAGAGUCCGCACGCCGUUUGCAAGAAAAACUUAGCUUAGCUGUAGAAGCGCAUUUGCCAGAAGGAGAAUGGGUGCCAAUCAUGAAGGCUGGUAUGCACAUAGUGACUGGCUUUGACAUGGGACCUCCUGCACUACCUCAGCGACCUCUCUCGGCGGAAGCUAAACAGAGAAUAUCUACUAAACUCAAGGGAAUUAUGGGCUGAAUAAAUGUAUUACGAAAGA